UCCCUUCAAAACCCAAAACAUAUAAAAAGAGUCACAAACCAUGCUUAUCCUCAUCCAUUAUCAUUCCUUUUAGCCCACAACACUUUCUGACCAAAAAUGAAGAGGGAAGGUCGUCAACAUGGUAUGGUUAGGACGUACAGGGUCCUCCCAUCUCCAUGGAAUCCGAGACCUGAACCCCGGUUCGUUCAACAGGUCAAUUCACCUACAACGGCCGGGUUGUUCACCAAAGUUCCGGCGAAGCCUACUAACCAUUCCAAGUUUACCGGACGAUGCGGUAGGCCUCGGUGCCUAGGGUGUCACAUGCACCCGGCUUGUAAGUCCAAGGAUAAGGCCAAGGGUACUCAUAAGUUUAGGUCAAAUGAUAUGGCCACAAACUAUAGGUUGGUCACCUGGAAAGUGGUUGAUAGGAGGCCUGGUUUGAAUUUUUCAGGGUUUUCAGCAGCAAGGAUGUUGGACCAUUUAUCUAGUGACUAUGAAGUUUAUGAUGAUGAAGAUGAUGAUGAUGAUGAUCAAUGUCAUGUAGUUAAUGAUGGUUUGAAAGCGAGUUCUCAAUCUCAAGAAGAGGUAGAAAAUCAUGAAGGUAAGAUUGAAGAUGAUGAUGAGAAACAUGAAGGUGUUGAUGUUGAUGAUAUGAAGUUUGUUUUGGAUCGUGAAUUGGAAGAAGAAGGCUGGUGUUUGGUUGGGGAAAUUUGAUGAUCCAUUUCCCAUAUGUCAUUAUUAUUUUUAAAUAAUUAUGCUUUGUAUUUUAAUAUUUUAUCCAGUGUUGUGGGUUGGACCAAAAUUUAUUAAUCAAGGGCUUCCUUUUCACAACCAUUUGAAAGAUUAAUAAAGGAUCAAAAGUUUGGUUUA